CAGGAAACACGCUCUAUAAAUCUUCCAACUUGUCAGUAGAUAAGUAAGAUUUUGAGGAUUUUUUUCAAUCACUUGAGUGACGUGAAGAAACCUGAGCAUAAUGGCAACCUGGACGCCAGUCAUUUUCGACUUGAGAGACGAACCCGUGGUUUUGAAGAAGAAAAAGGGCGGAGCUUGGAAACCAGACGCCAAUUCAAGAUACAGCAUUGUCAAGCACGGCUAUAAGUUAGAUAAAACCAUAGGCAAUGGACUUUUCUCAAAAAUCAAGCUUGCUUACUGCGAGAAAACCAAUAAGAAAGUCGCCAUCAAAAUAAUAUACAAGAACAAGCUGAGGCCAGAAGUGCAAGAUGAAUAUUUGGAUGCUGAGGUGGCGAUCAUGCAAAAUUUGGAGCACCCGGGUAUGAUUGAACUGUACGAGGCAGCUGAGAGCGUUAACAACCUAUACCUGGUGAUGGAGCUCGCGGAGAAUGGCGAUUUACUGGAUUAUAUAUUGAAACACGGCUACCUGAGUGAGGAAGAGGCGAGAAGAAUAUUUCGGCAAAUUCUUGAUGUCGUAAAAUAUUGCCAUGACAACUACAUAUGCCACCGGGACAUCAAAUGUGAAAAUGUACUCUUGGACGAAGAACUCAACGUGAAACUUACAGAUUUUGGCUUCUCCUGUCCCACCAGUGAAGGAGAUUUGUUGACCCAACGCUGUGGUUCCUACGCUUAUGCCGCCCCUGAGAUCCUGGACGGGGACCCGUAUGAAGGCUUCAAGACAGACAUCUGGAGCAUGGGGGUGACACUGUAUGCCAUGCUGUGUGGAAAGCUGCCCUUUCACGAAGAAGAUAUCGAUAUUUUGAGAAUUUCAAUGAAUGAUCGAAUCCAUUUCACAAGACAUAUCUCCAAAGACGCCAAAACUCUGAUCCGCGCGAUGUUGUGCCCCAACCCAAAGAAGCGUAUCACCUUGGAAGAGAUCUGCCACAGCUCCUGGCUCAGUAAACCCAUGGGUGUAUCCGGGGCAGGAGCACCUCUGGCGUCUCACGUGUCUUUGCACUCAGUUGAGAGCCGACCAUCUGUGGAACUGAAUCCCAAUGCAGAACACGGGUAUUCUUGCGAUCAGCACAAUGUCGAGAUCAAACCCAAGGUAGUCACAAAGGUGUUGCGCUCUGUGGCUCUCAAACACAGCACUGGUGAGAGUAAAGUUGAUCUUCGGUCAUGGAGUCUGCCAGGAAUGGGCGCCACACUGGGGAUUACAGGACAGGGGGCAAAGAAGAUCCUGGAGGACUUGCAUAAAGUGCCAGAGUUUCAAGUGAUCCUUAAUCGCCAAGCAGACAUCCACCAUCUUCCAAAAACCAAAGUCAUCGCUGGUCCGCUGCGAAAGGGCAGUUUAGGCGCCACCAUACUGCGCAGACUGAGUUGCCACAAGGGGCUCUCCUCCUCGUCAGUGAUCAACUUGCCUCAGGACCGUCUCAUGGCCUCCGUGACGAAGCUUCGAGAAGACCAAGUUUCCAAGGAACUUCGAUCAGUCCAUUACAGUUUUGCUUCUAAGGCUGCAGUGUGUGCAGGGAAGCAGAAGAAGCGAGCCGUCUUGGCAAACUACGCCAAUAACAUGGUUGCCGAAACCUACAGGAUGCACACCGCCCCCGAGAUUUCAAAACGAGAGAAAGAAGAACUUCAGCAUCUUCGAUCCAUGUUCGCCGCAAUGACACGACACAGAGAAGAAUGAGAAGUUACCGCAGCUGGCCUUAGGAACUUCUCGUCAGAAAAAAAAAACUCGUAACAUUUACGAAUACAGUUUUAAUUGCGUGCGUGAAAAAAUGAAUAAAUUUGACAGAUAACAAUCAAGAAACGAAUCCUUGCAAAAACUGAUUCCCUUUUGGAUAUACUUUAUUCACAGACCGGUAUACAUUUUUCUCACAAAACUCGUAACAUUUACGAAUACAGUUUAAUUGCGUGCGUGAAAAAAUGAAUAAAUUUGACAGAUAACAAUCAAGAAACGAAUCCUUGCAAAACUGAUUCCCUUUUGGAUAUACUUUAUUCACAGACCGGUAUACAUUUUUCUCACAGUGAUAAA